AUGAUGCGUUUGGCCAUUUUUGUUGCAUUGGCGCUCUACGUGAGUCAUAGUUCUGCAUUGAACAUUGGAGCCUUUAACAUUCAAGCUUUUGGAGACACCAAAAUAAAUAAUGCACAGGUCGCUUCCGUAUUAAUGAAGAUAUUACCUCGUUAUGACAUUGUUCUCAUUCAAGAGGUCCGAGAUGCUGAUUUGAGUGCAGUAAAAAUACUUAUGAACAAGCUCAAUUGCCUGGGCUCCGGAGAAGUUUUCUCCUAUGUGGUUAGUGACCAAUUGGGUCGUGACACUUAUAAGGAAAGAUACCUCUUUGUAUACAGGAAUGACCAUGUGGCUGUGCUGGAUUCAUACCACUACCAUGAUCAUAACAUGUACACCCAGGAAGACACCUUUAGCCGUGAACCGUUUGUGGUGCUGGUCAGGUCACUAAACACAGAUAUCCCAGACUUUGCACUGGUCCCGCUGCAUUCUGCACCCAAAGAUGCUGUUUGUGAGAUUGAUGCUUUGUAUGAUGUGUAUGAAGAUGUUAUACAAAAGUUUGAAACAAAUAACAUAAUUUUCUUGGGAGAUUUUAAUGCUGACUGUAGUUACGUCAAAUCUGCUGACUGGAGCAAAAUCCGUCUUCGUAAUGAUGAACAACUAUCUUGGUUGAUCCCCGACUCUAUUGAUACAACAGCAGGGAACACCGACUGUGCAUAUGACAGGAUUGUUGUGAGUGGUGAGGAAUUGCAGUGCACUAUCAAACCUAAUUCAGCCAAGGUAUUCAACUUCCAGAAUGAGUACGGGCUGACACUUGAGGAGGCUCUGGCAGUUAGUGACCACUAUCCUGUAGAAGUAGUUCUGGAAGACCCAGUGGUGUAACCAUGAUGCAGAACUUCACGACAUAGAAGACAAACUCAU